AGUUGUUCGGUUGAAACGAGAGCUUCCCCGAUGGAGGAGAGAAACUGGAACUGAGAAGAACAUUUUUAAAAACCUUUUAAGCUUUUUCGAGAAGAGGCAGGUGGGAGUGUCGUCAUGAUGGGAGACACAGACUUGGAUCUGUCCUCCUCUCCUCCCGAGGGGCCUGCCCACAGUCCCCCCUCCCCUCCUCUCUCCCCCUCUCUUUCCAUCACCUCCUCUCCCUCCCUCUCCCUCCCUUCCACCCCUUCCUCUGGGCCCCACCACCCCACCCAGCGGCAGAGCCCCAGCCCCACCCCCAGCGAGGCCCCUGCAGCCCCCAGCCCAUCUCUGGAUGUCAUCAGGGAGGGCCUGGCUGAGCUUGACCUGCUGAUUGACCCAGAGGUGGCUAAGCGGGCCUGUCAGGAGGUUCUGCAGAAGGUGAAGCAGCAGCAGGUGGAGCCAGUGUGUCCUGGGGAAACGGAUACUAGUAGGACUACAGAGGAUAGACUGGUGAACGGGGGAGGUGAUGAUCCGGACUCUGACAGCCCCGUCAUCAAACCCCCACAGAUCCAGGUGGAGGAGGCUGACCCUGAGGGCUCGGCUCUGGGCUCCAUGAAGAGCGCACGCAGACGCCAACGCCACAACCCCUCCAAGCAGUCCUGGCUGCUCCGCCUCUUUGAGUCCAAACUGUUUGAUGUUUCCAUGGCGAUAUCCUACCUGCACAACUCCAAGGAGCCUGGCGUCCAGGCGUACAUCGGGAACAGACUGUUCAGCUUCCGCCACGAGGAGGUGGACUUCUACCUGCCGCAGCUCCUCAAUAUGUACAUCCACAUGGACGAGGACGUGGGAGACGCCAUCAAACCAUACGUGGUCCAUCGCUGCAGACAGAGCAUCUCCUUCUCUCUGCAGUGUGCCUGGCUCCUGGGUGCCUACUCCUCAGACAUGCACAUCUCCACACAGCGCCACUCAAGAGGCACCAAACUCCGUAAGCUCAUCCUCUCUGAUGAACUCAAACCCGCGGGGGCGCGUGCCAGGCGGGACCCCCCCACCCUAACAGCCUUCUCCCCCGCCGCCACAGCGGUGCCAACACUACACAGCCACGCCGGCCUGGGGGGGGAUCAUGGCCUGUCGCCCUCCAAGCGUACGCACCAGCGCUCCAAGUCCGAUGCCACGGUCAGCAUCAGCCUGGCCAGCAACCUGAAGAGAACCGCCAGCAACCCCAAAGUGGAGAGUAGCUAUGACGAGCAGCCGGUGCGUCUGACGCCUCAGAGAGAAUUCAUUCGCUCUCUGAUGGGGAUCGGAAAACGCUUGGCCACCCUGCCCACCAAAGAGCAGAAGACCCAGCGACUGAUCUCAGAGCUGUCUCUCCUCAACCACAAACUCCCUGCACGUGUCUGGCUGCCUACCGCCGCCUUCGACCACCAUGUGGUCAGAGUACCACAUAGCCAGGCAGUAGUGCUCAACUCCAAAGACAAGGCUCCAUACCUCAUCUACGUGGAGGUUCUGGAGUGUGAGAACUUUGAGACAUCCAGCGUUCCAGUACGGAUCCCGGAGAACCGGAUACGCAGCACACGCUCUGUGGAAAACCUUCCUGACUGCGGUAUGACAGCAGAACAGCGUGCCAGCAGCUUCUCUAUGGUACCCAACUACGACAAUGACGACGAGGCAUGGUCCGUGGAUGACAUCGGAGAACUGCAGGUGGAGCUUCCAGAGGGUCAUACCAACAGCUGUGAUAACAUCAGUCAGUUCUCAGUGGACAGCAUCACCAGUCUGGACAGCAAAGAGCCUGUUUUUAUCGCUGCUGGAGACAUCAGGCGGCGUCUGUCAGAGCAGCUGGCUCACACUCCCACCACUUUUAAGAGGGACCCUGAGGACCCGUCAGCUGUGGCCCUCAAAGAGCCCUGGGAGGAGAAAGUACGACGGAUCAGGGAAGGCUCUCCAUAUGGUCACCUCCCUACAUGGAGGCUUCUUUCAGUCAUAGUCAAAUGUGGAGAUGAUCUCAGACAGGAGCUCCUGGCCUUCCAGGUCCUCCAGCAGCUUCAGAGUAUCUGGGAGCAGGAGCGUGUUCCACUGUGGAUCAAGCCCUAUAAGAUCCUGGUGUUGUCGUCGGAUAGUGGGAUGAUUGAGCCAGUGGUGAACGCUGUGUCCAUCCAUCAGGUGAAGAAACAUAGCCAGCUCUCUCUGCUGGACUACUUUCUCCAGGAGCAUGGCACCCCCACCACAGAGGCCUUCCUCACCGCUCAGAGGAACUUUGUCCAAAGCUGUGCUGGAUACAGCCUCAUCUGUUACCUGCUUCAGGUCAAAGACAGGCACAAUGGGAACAUUCUUUUGGACGCUGAGGGCCACAUCAUCCACAUUGACUUUGGUUUCAUCCUUUCCAGCUCACCCAGGAACCUUGGCUUCGAAACCUCUGCCUUCAAACUCACUGCUGAGUUUGUGGAUGUGAUGGGGGGACCAGAUGGAGACAUGUUUAAUUACUACAGGAUGUUGAUGCUUCAGGGUUUGAUAGCAGCCAGGAAACACAUGGACAAAGUCAUCCAGAUAGUAGAGAUCAUGCAACAAGGCUCCCAGUUGCCUUGUUUUCAUGGUUCCAGCACGAUCCGUGGGCUGAAGGAGCGAUUCCACAUGGCACUGACUGAGGAGCAGUUACAGGUUCUGGUGGAGCAGCUGGUGGAUGGAUCCAUGCGCUCCAUCACUACCAAACUUUACGAUGGCUUCCAGUACCUCACCAAUGGCAUCAUGUGACCCUGUGUGUGUGUGUGUGUGUGUGUGUGUGUGUGUGUGUGUGUGUGUGUGUGUGUGCGUGCAGCCAGCACGGAUGAACAAAUAAAUUAAAGACUUUGGGGUUGGGUGUCAGCGUCUGGAGGCGGAGCCAGACAAAAGCCACUCCCCCUCACAGUGACAUUGUUCCCUGGACUAAAGAAUGAGUCUUUUGACUUUUCCUGUAGUUUCUCUUUACUUUUCAGAUCUGUGAUUCAACUCCUAGUUUCUCUCCUUGUGUUUUCUUUUUUCUUUCCUAGAUGAAUGUCUACUUUCUUGUCAUUUAACCAGUCAAAUACACUGGACAGAAGACCCUCAUUUGCUCUUCAGUUUGUUUCUUAACCAAUCAGAUUCAGUUUUAGUUCUCACCAGUCAGAUUCAUUUUAUGUUGAUCUUGUUAUCAUUUAUUCUUUCUAAUGAAAUAUUCUGACCAAUAGUGAAGGUUAGCUAGGUGAAUGCAGCAGUAGGUUAGACAUAUAGCAACACACCAGGGCAUGAUUGGCUGCUGGCAGGUAAGGGUAAAGUUCAGUUGUGGGGAUAUUUCCCCACAAUGUAUGAAAGAACAAUCCCAACAUUUCCAUGGUGACAGGACAGGGAGAGAAUAUUCCCACAGCGAUGAACUGGUAUGUAUUGAUUUGGUAGUGGCAAAAUAGUCUUUACAAGCCUGCAAACAGGUUGAACGUGAUGGGACGUCAUCAUGGUCUGGAUUGGAAGCCAGCCUUCCCUGUAGCAUCUUUAUCUUUUGUAGUGGGGUAGCUUCAAGGUGGCCACAUCCCUCUACCUAUAUACCAAUGAGAUUGUCUUCUUUUUGUGAUGUCAUCAUUUCUGUGUUCCGCUGCUGUCACUGGAAACCAUUAACUUGGGUUCGUAUCCCAAUUUCAGAUAGAAGAUCUUGUAUCUCUAGAACUCAGGAGUGACAAACGCUUAAUGAAUUUUAACGUAAACUUAAUAAGUUUUAACCUUGUCCGUGAAGCACCAUGGAGACGACACUGGACCCGACCAGAUCGACCGUCUGCCAUCCGACGGACAGAGACAAGUAGACCAGGAUGGUCUCGUUUGUCUUCACCAUGUUUCUCUGAGUCUGUAUGAGCUGUGAAGUCUUUUUAGGCCGUGGCUGCUGUUUGUCCAACACGUUCAACCACUUUAAACCUCGUCUGUGCUGAAGCUCUGGUAGAUGAUUAUCCACAAGCAGAAAGACAUACAGUUUGGUUUGUCUUAAUUCUUCCACUUGUGUUGUUUUGAGGACCAGUUUGCCAUCCUGUUGAAUGACCUACCUAACUUUCUA